CAGAGGUUCCCCACAGAAACCUUCAGGAUUUAGAAAAAGCACUGGAAUUAAGUUUAGUGUCACAUGGGAUGUGGGCAAGUCACCACAUCUGAAUGAAGAACCUGAGGUGCAUUCCCAGAGAUUGCUCUUUGUCUGACUUUCCAGUUGAGAAGAAAGAGCUGUUUCUGCUGACAUGAUAACAAUACAAGGAAUAGAACAGACUGCUUUGGAAGCUGGUUAUGAUGCACAGAAGCUGGGACAACAGCCUUUAUAUGUGAAUUCACAAUUGUGGAAAAGGAUGGUAGAGAAAUUCUUGAAGGGAGAACCCAAAAUCCUAGGGGUUGUGCAGAUUGUGAUUGCCUUCAUGAACCUCGCCAUAGGCAUCAUGAUGAUAAGUGCUACUGUAACAUACGGUGAAGUACUCCCUGUUUCAGUGUACAUAGGGUACCCAAUUUGGGGGUCUCUGAUGUUUAUUAUUUCAGGAUCAUUCUCCAUUGUAGCAGGAAGAAGAACUACAAAAGGCUUGGUUCGAAGUAGCCUAGGCUUGAACAUCACCAGUUCUGUGUUUGCCUUCUCUGGGAUCGUAAUCAGUUCACUGAGCCCAAGCAUUUAUUCUUUCCAUUUCUAUUACUGUACAUAUAGAAGCACUUCAGAAAGCUGCCAGAUGACCAUGCCCAUUUUAAUGGGUCUGGAUAUUGUGGUGGUCAUCUUGAGUGUGCUGGAGUUCUGCAUUGGGGUGUCUCUCUCUGCCUUUGGAUGCAGAGUAAUGUGCUGUAACCCUGGUGGGGUUGUGAUAAUUAUGCCAUCAAGUCCUCCCAUGAAAGAAGCAGAUUAUUCUAUAUCAGUUUAAGGAGGUUUGAUAUCACCAGCACACCAAGAAAAAAAGUUUUCCAAGAAAUCUGUGUUGAUUUUUUUCAAGAACCACACAUGGGGAAGAACAAGACUCCAACUCUGAUGUGGAUGCUUGUGUGUGCCCGUGUAUGUGUGUGUUUCCAAUGACAUUCUCAUAUUUCCCCAGGAACAUGACAGAUCAUUCCACUGGAUUUUCGUAAUAUUAUCAUAAAAUAAUAAAUAUACCACCCAUGUACUAGCUAAAUAGCAUUUGAA